AGCAACACAGAAGUCGGACAUUUUCCAUCGAGUGAUUUUGAAGAGUCACGGAUAGAACUGUGCAACAUGUGAGUGAACUGUGCAAAACGGGUAUAAACAUCUGCAGGACGUAGCUCGCGUAGUGCGUGUCACGAAAGACGGGAUGAGUACAAAUUUGAAAGAAAAAAACCGCGGUCAAUGGACCCAACGCUUCUAGAAGAAAGCGAACACUGCAAGACACUGUCACGGAUGUCGUUAAACGAGUUGCCAAACUCUGCCAAGUGCAAUUAGUCAAUCGUAGAAGUAAUCGUUGGAACAAUUGUCACCGCGAACACAAGAGUAUCUCGACUUGACUCUACACCGUGGAACGACGCUGAUGAUAAAUGCGAGUUUUGGAAAAGUCGAUAAAGUAGUGGAUCUCCGUCGGAGAACAACGGCGUAAAGUUGGUGCCGAAAAUGGUCCUCGAACCAGGAGGUGGUCUGUCAUUCCCCCCGCCUCCUGGUGGCGGCUCUUCCGGAUCCGGUGGCUCGCUGCUCGCCCCAGCCCGUCUGUUCCCGAGGGCUGCGCCCGUCUUCCCGUUCCACUUGGCGGCAUGGCAUCCGCACCAUCCGGUCCUCGGCCAGGUCCAGACCCAGGUCCAGCAGACGAUGCAUCAUCAGGCUGCUGCGGCCGCAGCGGCGGUCAGGUUCUUCAACCACCACCACUCCCACCAUCCUCAUCCUGCCCUCGGGAAUCACCCUCUUGGACCCGGGAUCGGGGCUCACCACGCCGGGACUCAUCACCUCCACCACAACGCGGAUCACGGUGACGAAGACGACGACAAGAAAGGGUGCGACGGUGAGUCGGACGAAGGUGGAAGCAAGCGGCGAAGAAGUAGAACCAAUUUUAACAGCUGGCAAUUGGAGGAAUUGGAAAGGGCGUUUCUGGCCAGUCAUUACCCGGACGUAUUUAUGAGAGAAGCUCUGGCGGUGAGGCUGGACCUGAAGGAGAGUCGCGUCGCUGUGUGGUUUCAGAACCGUAGAGCUAAGUGGAGGAAGAAAGAGCACACGAAAAAGGGCCCUGGACGACCGGCCCACAAUGCGCAUCCCCAGAGCUGCAGCGGAGAACCGAUUCCUCCGGAGGAACUUAGAAGGAAGGAGCGGGAAAGACGGCAGAAGAAAUUGCUCAAGGCUCUUGAAAGGCAGCAGAGAAAACUCGCCGCCAAGGGAAUCUCCGUGGACCUGUCGACUCUGAGAGCAGAAUGGGAGUCCCGAAGCGCAGCAGCGUCUGCGGGAGGUUCGCUGAGCCAGAUGAACGGGUCGUUCGGUCACCUCGGCAACGCUGAAGGCAGCGUUUCCGGUUCUGGGAACGACGUAAACGAGGAAAUCGACGUGGUCGGAGGUCUCGACUCGUGCAGCGAGAGCGGCAGCGAGCAAGUCGAUUCCACGGCUGACGGUUCGAUCGACGGAGAGUGUCACUCGAGGUCCGGCGAGGUGGAUUCGAGGCGACUUCACCCGGGUAGUCACGGGCAGAAUCCGAACGGCCUGAACCUAAACCUGAACCUCAACCACCAGCAGGGCAUCCACCAUUGGGGUCUGAGUCUCCUCGAGCGAAGGCGGGAGCUGCAGGUGAACCUGGGAAACGGCGGUCUGAGUACGCCGGCGAACCACCUGCAGGAUCAGGACCGAAACGGGGACGAGGAGGUGCAGAGCAGCAGCAUAGAUCUCUCGGUGAAGGGGCGGGAGGAGAGGAAGAGGCUGAACCCCUUUUCGAUCGACAGUCUCCUUGGCAACAACAGGGUGGCAACGCCGGGAGUACAAAGUCCUCGGGUGAACUGUAACAACAAUAGUAAUAGUAGCAACAAUUACAACAAUAGCAGUAAUAGCAAUCACAAUAAAAACAGCAGCAGCAACAACAACAACAAUAAUAACAGCAGCAGCAGCAGCAACAACAACGACCGUUCGAUCACCCCGACGAACGGCACGUCAUCCCCAAUAUCGCCUCUUUCCCUACCAACGUCGCCCUCGACUACGUAAUAAAAUGCACCUCGAGACAGGGUGGAGGACGAUUUUACAGAUUUAAAACGAAAGUGUAGGCAAUAGGUGUAAACUAUAUCACUUCCAACAUAUCCGCAUACAUUUGUAUUGGUCAUUCACGUCGUAUAUAACAAUAUUGUAUACUUGUGUAGAGAGAAGAGAGAAGAGAGAGAGAGAGAGAGAGAGAGAGAGAGAGAGAGAGAGAGAGAGAGAGAGAGAGAGUGUCUGUUUCAGCCUUGACUCAAAGGGUGGAUACUCCUCUCGUUUCUCCCAUGUAUCGAUUUCACGUAAAUAGUGCGUUAUUAUACUGUGUAUGUAUGAAAAAUGAAUGAAAAUAAUAUUAUUACCUAGAUUUAAAAAAAGGGCCGGAUCUCCGAGGCUGAAGAACGAAAGACUGUGAAUAAAUAAUCGAUUCGAACGAUAUAUUUUAUGGUUCGAAACUAGUACUUUAUGUUUCUAUGUAACGAAUUAUUAUUAUUAUUAUUAUUAUUAUUGAUAUCAUUAUUGUCAUGAUCAUUAUUAAUAUUAUUAUUAUUAUUUUGUAUGAUUGUUAUAACGUACAAUGUGCAAUAAUACGUGUUUUACCGCGAUGAAGUACCUAUUACUAUAUAUAUAUAUAUUAUACGCGUGAUAAUUCUGCCGCAGACUUAUAAUAUGACAUCUAAUAUGUGUAUUAUGAUUUGAAACGUUUGCGGUGAACUGUAUUUAAUGUAAAUAGUGUAGAAAUUAUAUAAAUAUAUGAAAAAUACAUAUAUAUAUAUAUAUAUAUAUAUAUAUAUAUAUAUAUAUAUAUAUAUAUAUAUAUGAAUAUAGGUACUUAAUUAACUGACCUAAUGAAACUGAGGUGAACUUAUGAAGAAAAUGUUGGUGGUAAGAAGAGAGGAGAGAAAAGAAAAAAAAAACUCGAAAAAACGCAAAAAUAGGAAAUACCUAGUGUUCGAAUGAAAUACAUUAUUUAAAGCAAUAGUAAAAGGGUCUCGAAUUGUACAUAUAAUA